AUGAAGCUCCACACCGGUUUGAUCGCGAAGCUCUUCCUUUUCCUACGAGUCCUAGACUCGGUGUCUGCUGCUUCUGCUGCUAGCGAGGAACUGGGAGUUGAUCGUAAUGACCCCGUCUACCGCGCAGCGCUCAUCGAAGAAUGCGGCGACCUUGGCGUUCUAGACGUCCCCGAAGGCCAACCGGAGAGCGAAAUUCGACAUUGCAAAGAGCACCCUCGAUGGCGCGACCCCACUUUUGUGCCUGACUUUGCAGCUCUUGCCGAGAAGGAAGCAAAGCUUACAGCGGAAAGCCGACGUGCGAUCAAUAUGGAUGCACAGAUGGAUCUUGCUGGAGGGUUUGUGGAUCGCGCGGAAGCUGGUGCUGGCUUACGGUUGGAACGGGGAAUGGACCGUGGUUGA